UUUCUGAAUCCGCCAUCGGGCACGUAGGUGAAGGCUACGGACCGUUUAUUACGGACGGAUUUGUUUCACUUGUAGGUAGUUCAGAGAAGAGGCCGGUAAAGAUUUUGCGGGGUACUGGUGCUACUGAAACUUUUGUUGUUGAGUCCGUUUUGCCAUUCUCAGGGCAGUCGAGCACGUGGAAUGUUGUGCUAAUUCGAGGCAUGGGAGUGCAGACUAUGUCUGUUCCCCUCCACCAUAUCGAACUAAGUUCUGAUCUGGUGAAGGGGAAUGUUGUUGUCGGCGUGUGCCCUGCGUUGCCUGUACUGGGAGUGCAUAUCAUUUUGGGCAACAAAUUGGCAGGAGAUCGUGUCUGGCCAAGUGGGCCAGCACUACCAAUAGUGACCAUCGAGCCGUCUCAAAGUUCACAAGGCCGCGGUAUAUCGUGCAGUUCAAAGCGAGAAACGACGCCACCAAAGUCGGAUCAGAGCGAAGGAGAAGAUGCUCUUGACGGCAGACAUUCUACUGAGCAGAAACUAGGAAGCAGCGAUGAAAGUAAAUCUGACUCUGAGGAAGAGGAGCAGAAACUUUGGGAGGAGACUCAGAUUUUCAAGGGACUCAAAAGACGUCCAGGUGAACAGAGUCCUUCAGGCAGUGAAGCCAGCAACUACAGCAGCAGCAGCAGAAGCCGGAGGAGAAACCAACACAGGCAGAAGAAGGCCGGCUUCAACUACCCAGAGAGCCUGCCGCCUGUCGGAGGCCUGAAACGGAGGCUUGAGGGAAAGCUGGAGUCGCUGAAGGAGGUGCACCGAGCGCGGCAGGCGAAGCUGAGGAGGAUGGAGGGGGACGUGGAGAACGCCAGGAGCUCCAUGGAGAACCUGGAGGGCAGCGCCUCGGACAAGCGGCUCCGCUUCUACAGGGCCAUGACCCAGUACACCAACAACCUGGUGGAGUGUCUCCAGGAGAAGGUGGUGGAGAUCAACUUGUUGGAGCUGGAGCUGCACACUCUCCUGGCAGACCAGAUGGAGUCACUGUUGGCAGACCGGAGGAAGAGUGUCUGAGAGCGGGCCGCUCACCUGCAGCAGCCCUACAAUAUUCAGAUUCGCCACAUACGGGGCGUGGACAACGUUAUGGCAGAUGCUUUGUCCCGCGCUCCGGAGUUGAUGGAGAGAUUGUGGGCAGGUGUGGGAUGGACCGGUGGCAGUAUAAAGAGCCUGCCCAGACAGCAGACGUGGCUUCUCCCUCCUCCCAGCAUUGGCUUUCCUUUGGCUUCCUUUGUAUUCACAUGGACUGAUAUUUACAUUACCUUUUAGGUUACUUACAUUUAUACUGACUUGCACCACACUUCUUA